UGCAGUGCGGGAGGCUGCGACGGUACCCGGCUGGCAGGGAAAGGUCCGGGAGGCGGUAGGCUGAGGCUGUCGCGCGUCCUCACUGGUGGCCUGAACGAGGUAGAUCGUGACUAUGGCUUUGAUGUUGUCACUCGCCGGACUGCUCUUCCUGAGGUUUCCCUAAGCCAUUUCCAGGUGGAACUGCGUCCAGCAACUCAAGGUGCCUGGUCUAAUGCUUCCAGAGGCUGCCCUUAUUUCUUGACUGUGGCCCCCAGCCAGCAAUUCAUAUCACUCUGACCUCUGCUUUUCUGAGUCUCCUGCCUCCCUUUUUAUUCAUAAGCAUCUUGCUGUUGAAUUAGACCCAUCAACAUAAUCCAGGAUAUUCUCCUGAUCUCAAACUCCUCAAUUUCAUCACACCUCUAAAGUGUCUUGCUGAUAAGUUUUUGUCUACAAGUGCUUAUGGAAAAGAUGACAGACAUCAACCUUAAAGAAAUAACCUUAAUAGUAGGUAUGGUUACUGCCUGUUACUGGAACAGCCUCUUUUGUGGUUUUGUUUUUGAUGAUGUUUCAGCAAUACUGGAUAAUAAAGACCUGCAUCCAUCUACACCUUUAAAAACUUUAUUUCAGAAUGAUUUCUGGGGAACCCCUAUGUCUGAGGAGAGAAGCCACAAGUCUUACCGCCCUUUAACAGUAUUGACGUUUCGCUUAAAUUAUCUGUUUAGUGAACUAAAACCAAUGACAUAUCAUCUCCUAAACAUGAUUUUUCAUGCUGUGGUUAGUGUGGUAUUUCUUAAAGUCUGCAAACUUUUUCUGGACAACAAGAGUAGUUUGAUUGCUUCUUUACUUUUUGCAGUGCAUCCAGUACACACAGAAGCAGUAACAGGAGUUGUAGGAAGAGCAGAACUUUUGUCAUCUAUUUUUUUUCUAGCUGCCUUUUUGUCAUAUACCAAAUCCAAAGGACCCAAUAAUUCCAUAGUGUGGACUUCAAUUGCAUUGACAGUAUUUUUAGUGGCUGUUGCAACAUUGUGUAAAGAACAAGGAAUAACAGUUGUGGGAAUUUGCUGUGUGUAUGAAGUGUUUAUUGCCCAAGGGUAUACCUUGCCAUUAUUAUGUACUACUGCUGGACAGUUUCUCCGUGGAAAGGGUAGUAUUCCAUUUUCUAUGCUGCAGACACUAAUAAAACUCAUUGUCUUGAUGUUCAGUACAUUAUUACUCGUUGUGAUUAGAGUCCAGGUUAUUCAGUCCCAACUUCCAGUGUUCACCAGGUUUGAUAACCCAGCUGCUGUAAGCCCAACUCCAACAAGACAACUAACUUUCAACUACCUCCUUCCUGUGAAUGUUUGGCUUCUACUAAAUCCUUCAGAGCUCUGCUGUGAUUGGACCAUGGGAACAAUACCACUUAUAGAGUCAUUUCUGGAUAUUCGAAACCUUGCCACAUUUACUUUCUUUUGCUUUUUGGGUGCAUUGGGAAUAUUCAGUCUCCGAUAUCCUGGUGAUUCCUCCAAGACUGUUUUAAUGGCACUUUGCUUAAUGGCAUUACCAUUUAUUCCUGCAUCAAAUCUUUUUUUUCCAGUUGGAUUUGUUGUUGCUGAGCGAGUACUAUAUGUUCCUAGUAUGGGAUUCUGUAUUUUGGUAGCCCAUGGAUGGAAGAAAAUAUCAAACAAAAGUGUAUUAAAAAAGCUGUCCUGGGUUUGUCUAUCUAUGGUGAUACUCACUCAUGCCUUAAAAACGCUCCAUAGAAAUUGGGACUGGGAAUCCGAGUAUACACUGUUUAUGUCAGCCUUGAAGGUAAAUAAAAAUAAUGCUAAAUUAUGGAAUAAUGUGGGUCAUGCCUUGGAAAAUGAAAAGAAUUUUGAGAGAGCUUUGAAAUACUUCUUACAGGCUACCCAUGUUCAGCCAGAUGAUAUUGGUGCCCACAUGAAUGUAGGAAGAACUUAUAAAAAUUUAAAUAGAACCAAAGAAGCUGAGGAAUCUUAUAUGAUGGCUAAAUCACUGAUGCCUCAGAUUAUUCCUGGCAAAAAAUAUGCAGCAAGAAUUGCCCCUAACCAUCUAAAUGUUUAUAUCAAUCUGGCCAACCUGAUACGAGCAAAUGAAUCCCGGCUGGAAGAAGCAGAUCAACUGUACCGACAAGCAAUAAGCAUGAGGCCUGACUUCAAGCAGGCUUACAUUAGCAGAGGAGAAUUGCUUUUAAAAAUGAAUAAACCUCUUAAAGCAAAGGAAGCGUAUCUUAAAGCACUAGAGCUGGACAGAAACAAUGCAGAUCUUUGGUAUAAUUUGGCGAUUGUACAUAUUGAACUUAAAGAACCAAAUGAAGCCCUGAAAAACUUUAAUCAUGCUUUAGAACUAAAUCCAAAACACAAGUUAGCAUUAUUCAAUUCUGCUAUACUAAUGCAAGAAUCAGGUGAGGUUAAACUCAGACCUGAAGCCAGAAAAAGACUUCUAAGCUACAUAAAUGAAGAGCCACAAGACGCUAAUGGCUAUUUCAAUUUGGGAAUGCUUGCCAUGGAUGACAAAAAGGACACUGAAGCAGAAAUUUGGAUGAAGAAAGCCAUAAAAUUACAAGCUGACUUCAGAAGUGCUUUGUUCAAUCUAGCUCUCUUGUAUUCUCAGACUGCAAAGGAAUUAAAAGCUUUGCCAAUUUUGGAAGAGUUACUCAGAUACUACCCUGAUCAUAUCAAGGGUCUCAUUUUAAAAGGAGACAUUCUGAUGAAUCAAAAAAAAGAUAUACUUGGCGCAAAAAAAUGUUUUGAAAAGAUUUUGGAGAUGGAUCCAAGCAAUGUGCAAGGCAAACACAAUCUCUGUGUUGUUUAUUUCGAAGAGAAGGACUUACUAAAAGCUGAAAGAUGCCUGGUGGAAACACUGGCAUUAGCACCACAUGAAGAAUAUAUUCAUCGCCAUUUGAGUAUAGUCAGGGAUAAAAUUUCCUCAGCUACUUUUAUAGAACAGCCAAUAUUCCCAGGUGGUAAGACUUCAGGUGUAGAAGGAAACAAAAUUCCAGCUGAAAAUGUAAAGGAAAUCAGAAGUCAAUCCAGACCAACACAGAUAAUAAGUGAUAAUAAAAGUCAGUCUAAAUCCAACAAACAAUUAGGAGAAAAUACAGACAAAGAAACACCCCACAAAACAACUAAAGACAUCAAAGAAAUUGAGAAGAAAAGAGUUGCUGCUUUAAAAAGACUAGAAGAGAUUGAACGUAUUUUAAAUGGUGAAUAGUAUUAUUCUUUAUCAUGUGACAGCAGUAUCAAACAACUUCAAACUAUAUCAUGUGAUUGUACUGGGAGCUUUGAAAAAUAUCAAGGAUAUAGAACAGUCUAUAAUGAGCCGCCUAUACAUAAGAGCAAAAUAAGAUUUUCAUUAAAGACCUGUUUUACCCCAGAUAUGAAAGAGCUUCAGGAAGUACAUGGAAAAAGGAAUUAAAAGUGAGUUUAUUUUUGUGAAAAAAAUUUUAAAUCCAUGCAGUUUUUUUCAUAAUAUACUUUUAUCAAUUAAUUUUUGAAGACAACCCCCCCCCCAUAUAAGAUAUGGCAGUAGUUUUUAAGAGUUUUGGUGAAUAUAGCAGAAUUACUAAAUUACUGUUGACAAAUUUACAACUUGUAUUAUAGAAGAAAGGUUGUUCUGGUAGAAUAAUUUGAGGCCUGAAUGAUAAUCUUUAUGGGCAGCUCCAGCAUGUGUUGGUUUAUUCUGUGGAUCACCAUUUAUCAGCCUACUUAGUUUUUCUUUUCCCUCUUGGAAUCUGGUUAUGGAUUAAAAACACUCAUUGAACACACUAUUUUUUCUUCAGUUAAUUCUUCUUUUUAACCAGGGGAUUUUGCACUACAAAAGACUUUUGGGCUUUUAUGUUGUAUUCUUUGGUUGAUUUUGAGAAGGAAUGCUGGAUGAAACAUUUUAAAGUAAGUUAUAUAACAUGUUAGCUUAAGAAUGUAUUUUCAUAAUUGCAUACUUGUCCUUCACUAAAAUGCAGUUUUUAAGCAGGCAUAGUUUUACAUACAUACACAUAUUUAUAUAUAUGCAUAUGGAUUUUCUAAUGGUGCUCAUAUAUACUGUAUUUUUUUUAACAUAUUGAAAGUGUCAUAGCAUGAGUCACAUAUCAUGACUAUUUUUUUACUUUUACUCUCCAAACUGUUCGUGUUUCUUAGGGUCAUAGCCAUGUUGAGAAGUCCCAGUAACUCUUACUUUAAACUUUUGAAUUAUAACAGAGCAGAUUUCUCUUUUGUCUUAGUGUUAGCUCUCUGGUCUUAUUUGAAUUUUAAUUUUCUGUUUCCAAAGUCACACCUCAAUCAUUCUUAAAUACCUUAUGCCACUAAGUUCAGUUCUGUUUAACUGAAGGCAAAACGAUGUGACAAAGUUUAUUUUUAAACACUAAACUCUUGAUAUCUUGUUAUGAUAUAUAUAUUUAGUAAUACUUAUUUUGACUACUGAGCUUUCAUAAAAUUUUCAAAGCUGUUUUAAUCCCAUCAAAUAUGGAAAACAAAUUACUAUUGUAUUUUCCUAUAUGUGCAUAAUGUUUAUUGCAUCAUUUUUAACCUAUCUUCCAGCUAUAAACAGUAAUUAGCCUAAUAGGAUUAAUAAUUUUAUCUUGGCAAAUUUAAACCUAGAAAAUAUGUUAGCUUAAAAAGCAGAUACAAAUUAAACUUACUAAUUUAAAUCUUUUUUUCCUGACUUAAAACAUUUCAAGUGAGUUUUAUAAUUCCUAAAAAAGUUGGUUUAAUUUAAAAUGUUAAAACUCAGUCUGUCAUCUUGGGAUAGUAACUAAUAUCUAAUUAUAUAGUAUUUCAAAACUUUCUUUCAGUUCCUUUGAGAUAACUAAUUUAUAAUUAUGUGUUUUAAAAACCAUAUUCCUAUAACACUUUUCGAGAAAUGUUUUAUAAAUAGGUCACAAGAAACAAGGUCUGCAUUAAAGCCUCACUCACAACUAGGUUCCCAGAUGAUCUGUCAUAGAUUUUUUUUUUUGGGGGGGGGGGGGGAAUGCAAACACUGAUACCAGUGGGAGUUAAUUUCUGAUUGAGGAGAUUCUGUUAAGCACAAAAGCAAUACCUAAUUUCAGUUCUUAGAUUAUGGCUUUGUGACUCCAAAUAAAAGAUGGAGAAUACCUCAUAUACUAUUACUUGAAAAAUGAAGUCUAUACUAUUCUUGUGUUUUUUUUUUUUCUGUGUCUUGAGAUAAAGUUUAUGAGUGUGAUCUCUUAAUAUUAUAGUAUCAAGUGGAAGAUAGUUCAAAAAAGUAGGAAGAAAUCUUUCCUGACAAUAGACCAUAAUAAAAGUUUGAAUAGUGCUUUAAUAAAGUUGUGUUAACUAUUCAAAUGGUAAAAGGAAUAUAAUAAUGUUAUCCAGUGAUUUUUUUAUAGAAAAAAGAAUUAUCUUCAUAGCACUUAGAACAGUGCCAGUCAUGCAAGAAGUGCUUGUAUAGUUGAAUUUAAAUAAGUUAUUUAAUAUACCCUGAGUAAUUAAUGAUUUAAUAAUUAUUCUCAGUUAGUGGUUCUCAACCCUCACUUCAUGUGAGAAUCAUGGGGGGAGGUUUAAUAUGGGCCCCACCCCAUAACAGUUAAAUCUGCAUGUCUUAGAGGUGGAGCUAUGUUUCAGUUUUUCUAAAAGCUCUCUGAGUGAUUCUUAUUUGUACUAGGAUUAAGGACCACUGCUCUAAAAUAUAAAAUAGAUCAGGAAAAUUUUUUCAUCUCUCCUAUGUUGACAUUUUAAGUUAGUAAUAAAACCCAAUUAGGUUUUGGUUGUUUUAAGUUCCACUAAGGAGUAUGUUCUUCUGACAGCUUGUAUUUAUUCUUCAAAACUUAAGAUCUUGGAAGUUCCAUCAGUUCUGAUAUGUAAGAUUAUUAAUUCUCUUUAAACUCAAGAUAGGAAUUUUAUUUAAACUAUUCAGGUGAGAAAUGGUGAUAGAUUCCCCUCCUCCCCACCCCUGGCUGCCUUUUUGAGCAGAUGGGUAUGAAAGCCCAGUUCACUAAACUGUGGUUCAGAGUUGCAAGCAUCUGUUAAGUAUGGAAAAGCAGUUCUUUUACAUACAGGUUUUUGUUCUGAUGAAUGGAGGGAGUUUUAAUUCUCACUGUUUUACAGGAGUCUCCUACCCAGGAGUUGGAGAAAAGCUUUGACAAUCCCCAAGGGGCAAUGUUAUGUUACUUUACUGUUUCUCAGAGGUUAGAAUUAAGUUUGUUGAAUUGCUCCUGUGUUUACUUAUUAACAUUCAGAAUUUAAAACUUUAUCUUGUAAUUAUUAUAGUGAAUAGUUUUCUGAAGUUGACUUAAAGCGUAAAAUAAUUAAAUAUGUAGUUUUGUUUUCAAUUUUAUGUUUCCUUUAAUGUAAAUAUUUAGUAUAUGAAUUACACAAUUCUAAUAAAACCUUAUGCCUUUUCAUUACAUCUAUUUGAGCUCUCAACUUUGUUAUAGAAUAAUGCUUCUUUAAGAUGCUAUAAUGAAAAUAUUAAGAAAAUGUAUAGAUUUGUAUGUCAGUUUAUACUGCAGAAAUCCAUAUAUUUGUCAUUUUUUAGAAAAAAAACUUCUAAUUGAAUGACUAAAUGGUAUUUAAAAUGAACCCUCCCCCCCCAAAAAAAUCUGGUACCUUUGUCCAAAAUUCGAUCUAUUGGAAGCUGUCAUUAAUCUAUGUUAUAAAGCAUUCUUAAGAAAUAAUUGAGACUUCGAUGCUUUUUAUAUUUCUGUGGUGUCUUUGUACCAUAUUUCUAAAUAUUCAGUAUUAAAUUGGUACUUUUAAAAACCUUAA